GUUCCCCGCUAGCAGCAGGGGGGCGCCCUGAGCGAGUCUGCGCAGUGCACAGCUCCGCGGGUCUCCUAGCGACCCGAGAGGCGGGGGAAACACACCACCGGAAGCCGGGUGGGCAGCCGGGGAAACACGGCUGACCGCAAGCGGCUGUCCGCACCCGCGGCGCGGGCCCGGGUGUCGGUGGGCACGGACUGCAGGCCCUGGUACAGAGAAGAUCUGCCGUCCAAGUGCUUCACAAAGCACGGGCGCAGGUCGCCACGCCCCACGUCACUGAACAGCCGGCGGUGGAGGUUUGUGAGAACGGGACUGGAUGACUUCCGGAAAGGCUGCCCGCCUUGCGGAGCUGUGAUCACUCGGGGCCCUGAGGAGGGCUUUCUGCCCCAGAUUUAUCACAGAGCUCCCCGACCUGCCCCGAAGAGGAGCCAGAAGGACAUGCUGCCUAGGGAAGCAGCCCUGCGUUCCACGCUCUCGCCGGCCCGCCAGGCGCGGAAGGACUUCCUGGCGGACGUUGAGACCCAUCCGACCCCGCACCCCUCGGCUCCCUACCCGGACCUGGAGGAAGACAUGCCCGCAGAGGUGCUGGAAGUGCUGGGUCUUGACAGGAAGCUGGAGGACACACGGGGUUAUUGUCAGGGCAUCCGGAAAAGAAUGAAGGAACCCACAAAACUUUUAAAAAAACGUUCUACUCAAGUCUUCCUGGGGCAUCCCAAGAAGACUCCUGUGUCACAUCCAGGCCAGUGGCUUUAUGAAGAAAAGAAGCCAAGUGAAUCAGAUCUGCUCUGCAAUGAUGGUCCACUUCGUCAUGAAAACGUACGCAAAGGAGUUAGCGACUUCUGCAGCUGGGCUACUAAGUUUCGGGGCCUGAACAUUGAUGAGGAGUUCAUCCUGAAACAGUUUGACAUUGACUGUCAGAGCAAACCAAGCUAUAAUGUGCUCCAUACAAUGAGACCCAGCCAGGUUCCUCUGGAGCUAAAGAAAAGGAUUGGGCUGAAUAACCUGCAGGAGCCACAGUUUUCCCAGAAACUGCACUAUGAGCAGAGACUUCAGAAACCACAGAAUCCUUAUAAACCAAAGUGGGUGAAGAUGAGGUACGGAGCAUGGUAUCUGAACACCAAGUUGUGGAAAAAGCAAAGAGCCGAUGAGCCUUUGGUUGACCCCAAGGUCUUACAUAAAGCUCAAGAUGAGAAUAUGAAAAAGGAGCUAUGGGAACAGUGUGGACCCUCUUUUAGGAGGAGUUACUUGCAGACCUUCAUGGAACAGCUGCCUUUAAGGAUUUCAUUCUGCGCAGGGGCUACAGGAUGCCGAGUUUCCUUGAGAAGAUGUGUAUGAGGAAGGAAUGCAAAUGUGAAUGUAACAAGACUUCUGUAAAAUAACUCAAGCAUGGAAGAAUCUUGGGAAGAUGAUUAGACAGAUUUCAUUUACUAUAUACUUGGCUAUUUCUCUCUCUCUUUAAACAUUAAACAAAAUUUAUAAUGAAUGUCCCACCAUAGUUGUACAAUUUUGACUUGGCAACAUCCAUAAAAUUUAUAACUAAUACAAACAUUUCAGAAUAGUCUUCUGCUUCAGUUAAUCAAUAUUUUAUAUAUUUUAUCAACCGUGAGAUCAAUUUCAUAUUUGGUAUUCUAACAUUUU